UAGAGGAGUCCAUAAUGGAUAAGUGUAACAUGGCCACUGCCAACUCCAUGGCUUUCUCAUCAGUGCUCGUGGCACGUUGUUUUCACAAGUCUCCUUCCUUUGCUCUGACUGGUUCUGAUCGCAGGUUGCACAGAAACGACUAGGUUCCAUCGGUCAUGGACGACAGAUAUCAAUGGACUCAAAAUCCCAUCUUCACAAGAGCAGGAGAGAAUAGCCUGCGCGGAUCUCUCGGGUGACGUUCAAUUUAUACCCGCUUUUUCCUUUGUAAAUGUGGUGAUUUUAACAGCAUCGCGUUUUUAUUAAUUUACGGCAGAACAUGAACUUUUCUACGACGCUCUCGAUAAAUGAACCCUUUCAAUAUAUCGCUGGGUCUUGUUCGGGAUACAUCUGUAGUAACACGACAGCUGCCCCGACCCCUCCGGUGCUAAUAGACGCCUGGUUGGUACCUCUCUGCUUCGGGAUUCUGAUGGUGUUUGGACUCGCUGGAAACUCGCUUGUGAUCUAUGUGGUAAUGAAGCACAGACAAAUGCGAACAGUCACCAACUUCUACAUAGCAAAUUUGGCCGCAACUGAUAUUAUCUUCCUGGUGUGCUGCGUGCCUUUUACUGCAGUCCUGUAUCCUCUACCAAGCUGGAUUUUCGGGGAGUUCAUGUGUAAAUUUGUCAGCUACAUGCAACAAGUAUCAGUACAGGCAACAUGUAUUACACUGACCGCAAUGAGUGUGGACAGAUGGUACGUGACAGUUUAUCCACUCAGAUCCUUGAGGCAUAGAACCCCGCGAGUGGCUUUGGGCAUCAGCCUUGCAACAUGGAUUGGUUCUUUUAUCGUGUCCAUACCAGUGGCUAUCUAUCAGAAGAUUCAAAAUGGAUACUGGUUUGGGCCCCAAGUUUACUGCAGUGAAUCUUUUCCAUCAGCUUCCCUUGAGAAGGCCUUCAUUAUACAUAACUUCCUAGCUGUUUAUCUUCUGCCACUCACCACAAUCUGUGUGUCCUACACAGCUAUGCUACAUCAGAUGGGACAACCAGCUGUGGAGCCUAUUGAUAAUAACCUUCAGGUACAGCUUCUUGCUGAAAGAUCAGAGGCCAUGCGUACAAAGAUCUCCAGGAUGUUAGCAGUUAUGGUCUUUCUCUUUGCCAUCUGCUGGGGUCCCAUCCAGUUUUAUAUCCUUUUACAGACUUUUCUUCCAAACUUUAUCAAGAAUUACUAUACGUACAAAGUGAAAAUCUGGGCCCAUUGUAUGUCUUACACAAAUUCCUCCAUCAAUCCUAUUGUGUAUGCAUUUAUGGGUGCCAACUUCAGAAAAUCAUUCAAAAAAGCAUUUCCAUUUAUCUAUAAGCAGAGAGUUGGGAGCAUAAAUAGUGGAAAUGCUGCUUGUAAUACAGAGAUGCAUUUUGUCUAAACCAGAACAUAACAUUGUAAAUAGUAAGGCACCAAUGACUUAGUUCUUCAAAUCAAUUUGCAUGGUCAAAUAAUUGUUCCUGCACUCCCUAGAAUAAUAGCAGCAGCAAUUAAUUUCUGCAUAUUUAUGAUUCAUGGUACAGAUAGAUUUGAAACAAAUAAUCCCAGAGCAUGGUUGGCUUGGUCACUUAGACUCAAAAUGCACUAUCCUACUUAAUCCACACCAAACUUAAAGUUCAGAAAAGUCCUUCAGUUGAUCUUGAAUCUUUGUUCAGUUAGCUUUGUUGGUAUUGGUAUCUUCCCCUGUUUUUCAAUGUUUCAAUGAACCAACAAUGGACUAUUGAUUUAUUAAAUGACAACACUGAAAUAGUGACGAAAUACAAUACAUACAUUUUACUAUUUUAGCAGAAGGCAGAAGGGAUAAAGAGGGAGCUAUCAAAUUUCAAGACAUCAAAAAACAGAGGCUGAGAAACUGGACAGACCAUUACACGAAUGAACAGCAGGAAAUAAAAACACCCCUAUCCCAACUAUGCUAUUUAAGAAAAAUCAUCCAUUGCUUUCGGGCAUGCUUGGAAUUGAAUUGAAAAUAAGCCCUUGUUGAGAUCUGGGCUCAGAAUUAGUUUUAGAUAAGAGAGGUGAAAGGUGCUGCAUUCAUCCAAAACAGAGCUUUGAUUAUUAGGAUAUAAGAGACUGCAAAUGCUGAAUCAUGUAGCAAAAAUAAACAGCUGGUACCAAUUAAGCAGUAUCUGCAGGUUGGGAAGGAAUGUGUGACAUUUCUGGCCAAGACUCUGCAUUAGCUGGCUGUGGAGAUAGCCAGAAUAAAGAGAAGGGCCCAGGUGAGAUAGGGGCCAGCAGGUGAUAAAUGCACCAAGGAGGGGUGAAGGAUGACAGGAAUUUGAAGCCAGGUGGGGGAGGGGAACGGGUGGAGUUAGGAGACAGUGGUAGGUGGGUGAUAGGAAGAAGCAGACAGAAAAAAAAGCAGAUGGAGUUAGAUGGGGGAAGGAGAGGAUGAGAGUGGAGACAGUUGCUGGAAGGUGCUAAUUCCUGAUACAAGGACAACUGGUGCUGGGAUCUGAUAAGUAAUGACGGUGAUAUUGGGAAUCAUUAUGGGAAACAUGAAGGGCAGAUGGAACCAAAUGGAGGAAAGUGAUGUAAUAAGUGUAAUGUGUGGUUAGUAGGUGGACAGAAGCAGAAAAGGGAGUCAAGAGUACACUGCAAAUAUAAUAAAUGAGAGGGAA